GUCAAACGAAACCAAACCAAACCAGGUCCGCCCCUCUCCUCUCGAUUUUCUCCCCCUCGUUCGGGAGGAAGGAGAGGGACGGCGGAAGGAGAGCGAUCGGGCCGGCCGGAGAUCGACCGAUCGAUCGAUGGGGAAGAUCCAGUACGCGGUGGUGGCGCGGGGCGCGGCGGUGCUGGCGGAGCACGGCGGCGCGGGAGGCACGGCCUCCAACGCGGGGGCCGUCGCGCGGCAGAUCCUUGAGCGCCUCCACGCCAAUGGCGCCAACGACGACUGCCACGUCUCCUACACCCAGGGCCUCUACGUCUUCCACGUCAGGCGCGCCGACGGCCUCACCACGCUCUGCAUGACCGACGACGCCGCCGGACGACGGAUUCCUUUCGCGUUUCUUGAAGAUAUCCAUGGAAAAUUCGUCAAGACGUACGGUCGUGCAGCUCUUACUGCUCUUCCAUACGCUAUGAAUGAAGAGUUCUCGAGGGUUUUGAGUAAGCAAAUGGAUUACUUCUCAAAUGACCCAAACGCCGAUAGCAUAAAUCGCAUGAAGGGUGAAAUGGAUCAGGUUCGGAGUGUUAUGAUCGACAACAUUGACAAAGUACUCGAGAGAGGUGAUCGUUUGGAAUUGUUGGUUGACAAGACCGCAACUAUGCAAGGGAACACGAUGCGAUUCAAAAGGCAAGCUCGACGUUUCAGAAACACCGUCUGGUGGAGAAAUGUCAAGCUCACAGUUGCGUUGAUAUUCAUCCUCCUGGCGAUAAUAUACAUCGUGCUCGCCUUCAUGUGCCACGGCUUCACCCUACCCUCCUGCGUUCGGUAAAUCUUGUCCUACCUUCCGGCAGCGACAAGCGCCAGUUCUCUUCAUGAUGUGUCCAUAAAUGUCCAUACGAGGCUACGUUCUGUUUUCCUAUCCUGAAAAUGUUCCAGGUUCCCUGUAAGAGCAGCUCCAUUGUUGCUGUUUCUCUUGUGUAUAAAAUGGAAAAGAUUGCAUUCGGUGGUAGUUUUGUUUCGA